AUGGCUGAAAGUGUCUGGAUCAUCUUCUGUGGGGACCCUCAGUGUUCAAAUGGAGGCAGAGACAAUUGUAGUUCUAUCCUAUCUGCCAUUGUUCAUCCAUAUUCAUGUACCAACCAUGUUUUGGUCAUUUCUGCUGAUAGUCUCCUCCUGCUCAUCUUCCUAUUUAUUGUUUUGUACAAGUCAUCAACCAAAUUUGAAGCCCCAUCACCCUCUAAAUGGUACUUAUCAUUAUCAGUUUCUUCUAAGGUUUCCAAUGGCGCUUUGGGUUUGGCUUACCUGGGCAUGGGGCUCUGGAUAAUUUCAGAGAGAUUGAGUUCCAAACAGAGCAUAACCCCUCUGCAUGGUUGGCUGGUCAUGGUAUUCCAGGGACUCACAUGGUUCCUGAUGGGCUCAACAGUGAGUUUUAAAAGCGGACAACAUCCACAUAGUAUCAUGGUGAAGAUUUCUUCAAUCCUCGCCAUCUUUUUUGCAGCAUUUCUAAGCAUCCCAUCUGUUUCGAAAGCUAUUCAGGACAAAGAAGCAUCUGUAAAGAUUGUGUUAGACAUUUUGUCAUUUCCGGGAGCAAUUCUACUUGUCUUAUCUGCAUUUGGGGAACCUAACCAGGCAGAAACUGAAGCAGGCACCAAAAGAAAUGCACUCUAUGCACCUUUGCUAUGCAAAGAAGCGGAUAAUGGCAAGGAAAUUCGUAUGGUUGAGAAUGUAACUCCUUUUGCUGAAGCUGAAUUCCUGAAUAAACUAUCAUUUUGGUGGUUGAAUGCACUAAUGAAGAAGGGUAAACAUAAAACUCUUGAGAACAAAGAUAUACCAAAGUUAAGGCUGGAAGAUCGAGCAGAAACAUGUUACUUGAAGUUUAUGGAGCAAUUGAGCAUACAGGAAAGGAAAGGAUCUUCUGAUUCAUCCUCUAUUUCAUCUACAAUAUUUCUGUGGCAGUGGAAAGCUAUUUUGACAUCAGGCCUCCUUGCUCUGAUCAAAGUACUCACCCUGGCUAUCAGCCCCUUGCUUCUUAGAGCUUUCAUUAGGGUUGCUCAAGGCAAUGAGGCUUUUAAAUAUGAGGGUUAUGCUCUAACCGGGGGGCUCUUCCUUGCAAAAUGCUUUGAAUCAAUAUCAGAGAGGCAAUGGUAUUUCCAAACUCGACUUAUUGGUCUCCAAGUAAGGUCUUGCCUGUCUGCAGCUAUUUACAAGAAGCAGCUAAGGCUAUCAAGUGCCGCUAAGACAACUCAUUCUCCUGGAGAAAUAAUGAAUUAUGUGACUGUGGAUGCCAAUAAAAUAGGUGAAUUCCCAUAUUGGCUUCAUCAAAUAUGGACAACAAGCCUUCAGAUAUGUCUUGCAUUGGUUGUUAUUUACUAUUCUGUGGGUUUAGCAUCUGUUGCAGCCCUAUUAGUGGUAAUACUAACUGUAGUAGGAAAUACUCCGGUGGCCAAAUUACAGUACAAGUACCUGAAAAAGCUUAUGGUGGCUCAAGACAGCAGGCUGAAGGCCAUUACAGAGGCUCUUACAAGCAUGAAAGUUUUGAAGUUGUAUGCCUGGGAGACACAUUUCAGAAAUGUUAUAGAAGGGCUUAGGAAAGAAGAAUAUAAAUGGUUAUCGGCAGUUCUCUCACAGAAAGGCUACUAUAUGGUUCUGUUUUGGUCAUCUUCCAUCAUUGUGUCGGCUAUUACUUUCUGGGCAUGCUACUUCCUUGGAAUCCCUCUGAAUGCUAGUAACAUUUUCACGUUUCUUGCAGCUUUACGUAUUGUUCAGGAGCCCAUCAGGUUGCUACCUGAUGUUGGGGGAAUGUUCAUUGAAGCAAAGGUUUCGUUAACUCGGAUUGAGAAGUUUCUUGAGGCACCUGAAUUGCGGAAUAGACAUAUCCAGGAGAAGUGCUUUGGAGAGGAACUUGGGAAGUCUAUAGUGCUUAAUUCCACAAGUAUUUCAUGGGAUUCUAACAAUUGGAAGGCGGCCCUAACUAACAUAGAUUUGGUUGUUAAACCUGGUCAAAAGGUAGCCAUAUGUGGAGAGGUUGGGUCAGGAAAGUCAACCCUUCUGGCUGCAAUUCUUGGAGAGGUUCCAAACAUCAAUGGCAUAGUAAGUCUUCCCUAUUAUGCUUCUUAUCUUCAAUUUUAA